AUGAGGGUAGUCGACCCAAACGAGGGCUUACUUGUAAAAGCCUUUAUGAAGGGGCUCCGAGAAAGUUCCUUCGGUGAAUCCCUGUAUCGGAUUCCCCCAAAGACCUUAAUGGAGAUUAGGCAAAGGGCAGCUGUGGAAAUAGAGAUCGAAGAGGCCAUGCGUCAUAAAAAAGCAGGGGACAAGAGAACACUGGCCCAUACCAAGGGUGAACAAGACAUCAAAACUUUUCGAAGAGAAAGGACUCCACCUCGGACGAGAAUGGAUCGUCAUUUCGUCCCUUAUAUAGCACAACAAAGGACUGAGUAUCGACGAAUUCGGAAAAUCCCAGGUUUUAGAUUGGCUCCAACCGAAAUAUUAGAAGAUGCGAAAAUAUUUAAACAUUUGCGCUAUCCCAAUAUUACAGGGAGAACACUCGGGAGCAAACCGGACGCUUGGUGUAAGUUUCACCAGGCCGGAGGUCAUGACACGAACUCGUGUUACUCUUUAAAUAACCAACUCUCCACGUUGGCGAAUAGGGGACUCAUGGGGAAAUAUAUGAAAUCUGAUACAGAUGUGGACCCCUCUAGAACUCGUCCGGUCCCCGAUUUGCACGAAACACCUGUGCUAGGAGACUUCAAUACGAUAGCCGGAGGUUUUGCAGGAGGAGGACAAACCUGCUCGGCUAGGAAAAGAUAUGUAAGGAGUGUCAUGACUACGGCCAAAAUCGAAAGGCCGAAGAAAGUUCUGGCCAUAGUGUUUUCGAGUGAAGACCUAAAGGGAGUAGUUCCACACGAAGAUGAUCCUAUAGUCUUGUCUCUUAUCAUGAUGGGAAGGAAUGUCCAUAGAGUGCUAGUUGAUCAAGGGAGUUCUGCAGAUGUGAUGUUCUGGAAUACCUAUACGGGGCUGCAAAUAUCGACGGACCAAUUGAGGCCCUUUGAUGAAGUACUUGUUGGUUUCUCGGGAGAUCAAGUGGAAGUUAAAGGGUAUGUUGAUCUCAGAACAACUUUUAGAGACAAAGAAAAUGCUAAAACUAUAUUUAUACGUUAUAUAGUUGUCAACGCACAAAUAUCCCUGGAUUUAAGGAAUAACCACCCCCCAUGCGAGAUUUCAGGAGAGAAUAGGGAGAAGUGGGUAGGUUGGUUAGCUAAAGAUCUAGAAGUAAGAUAG